UGGCAGUUUCGCUGCAACUGAAAACAACUACUCAAUAUCUAUGUGUUAUCGUCAAACUACUUCGGUGAAUCUAUAAACCAUAGCUCAGCGAUGAUGUGUUGAGCGAUUGCAGUGUGGAGAUUUUCAAAGUAGUUCAUGUAAUGUUUCUUCCGAAACCUCUGGAUUAAAAGUUGCGUUCAAGCUAACUUCCUAACCGGACGGACUGCAUUUUUCCUGGGGUUCUUGUUAAUUGUGCAUUGUUCUGAAAAUGUGAUGACCAUGAAGCAUACAACGCUUGUGACAAUCGUGUUUACAUGGUGCAUCGUCAUUUAUGUAUCUUCGGAGCCUGGCAUUCUGGUACGGCUACGUCGCGUUUCUUCGUCGGUGGAUUCAGCUAGUCGGAAUUCCAAACCCGAGUUGAAGGCAACUCAUGAACAGGAACUCACUAUCCUAAAAUGUACUGUAAAUAAUCCUCGACCGAAUGUAGAUGUGUUCAUAUCGUGCCCGGCUAUUGGUGGAGCGACCGCCUCUGGAUUUUGUUACCAAGGCUGCCAGCCAACCAAAUCGUGUUCAAAGUUCGAUGAGCCCCAUGAACAAUGUGUUCCCAAUGAAUCGACUGUGUUCUGCGAGAAAGUCCAACUUUCCAACGGUACAACAUCCCUGACACUUCGAAUCAACCGUACUGAUCCGAGACUGGCCGGCACUUGGUCAUGCGCACAUGCUGGACUCGAAAGCACUAAAUUUGAGAUCUCCGUUCAGAAAGAUGAUUUCAAGGAAAAGGUUCAGCAUGUCGAAGUGGCGCUCUCGGAAUCAGUGCAACAAUCUCGUGCAGAGGCUGCCCCACAGUACGUGCAGAAAAUACAAGAAAACGAAUUAGAUCAACGACCAUUGGCCUACCUACGCCGACCAGUCGUACUAUUCAGCGUGCUGGCUGUCCUUGUCGUGUCAGUACUGAUCAACUUGAUCUUUUGUAUUCGAUGUAUGCUUAUGCGAUCUUACAUAG